AGUUGCUUAGUGGUUUCCGGGUUAGGAAUUGUUGUAUCUUGGAGAUGUUGUGGAGGUUGGAGGUGUUGCGGAGGUUGGAGGUGUUGCGGAGGUUGGAGGUGUUGCGAAGGUUGGAGAUGUUGCGGAGGUUGGAGGUGUUGCGGAGGUUGGAGAUGUUGCGGAGGUUGGAGAUGUUGCGGAGGUUGGAGAUGUUGCGGAGGUUGGAGAUGUUGCGGAGGUUGGAGGUGUUGCGGAGGUCGGAGAUGUUGCGGAGGUUGGAGAUGUUGCGGAGGUUGGAGUUGAAAACUGAAUGGGACUUCCAAUAU